UGUAUUAUUUGGUUUGAUUUUGAUAUUUUCUGGUUCUAUCUAUCAUUUUUAGACUUAGAUUUUUUAUCAUUAUAGAUAAUAAAGCAUAGUAACUUACAAGAUUAAAAACUGAGACAAAGAGAACAUGUUUAAUAUCCCAGCUGCCUCUCUUUUUUAAAACUUAAGACCAUUAUCAAGCCUCUUUUGAAGCCUGAUAACAAAAAAAGGACAAAGCAUAAAUGAUUUAAGUUCAUCUAUGGAUGCUCAAGAUGAAGUUGAGCUCAGUAUGUGUGAUGAAUGAUGCAAGAAUGAACGAAUGGCAUUACUGUAUGAAUAAAGGCAUUGAUGAAGCAACUGUAGCGUUUGAAAGGACACUGGCGCAGGGAGCACCCGCUGACCCCUGUAUUGAGACAGAGUCCAUCCCCCACUGCUUUCUCCCACCCUCCCCACUGACUCCCAGCCCCCAGGGUCUGAGGGGGGAGCAGCAUAAUUGCCCCCCUCUGGGACCACUUUAAUUCCAGUCUUUGUGUUUUAAUUGCCCCCCCUCCCGACCCCUUUUUGAUGAACACAUUGGGGCCAUACCACAAACAGAUUUUAAUCAGGGCUUUAACGGGGGGGGGGUGUGUGCUGCUGCACCAGAUGACUGCUCCCAAGCAUCUGGUGACAGCAUUUAAAGAAUGUGAGACAUGUAAAUUAUUAUUGGUGGUGAGGUGUGUUUGCUUCAUUCAUCACACAAAGAUGCAUCAGUAUGUGACUGCCGUACACGGCCACCAGAGAAUUGAAGUGUGUGUCUGGAAGUGCUAAGUUUGGCUUUAUGUGUAGCGAUGUGUGUGUGUGUGUGUGUUUGGAUCUGCAGUGAGUGAAAGCAGCAGGCCAAUUAAAAGGGCUGUAUGUGUGUGUAAGACUAGAAGGGGUCUGGAGCCAGAUCGUCUGUCCUAAGACCAAGGGGUCCCCCCCAUCAACAAACAAGAAAAAGAGAGAGCGAGAGAGACUCUGCAGACUUUGAUCAUUGAGCAGACGUGUGGAUGUUGUCACACACCGAGAGAAACACCCACUCCGGGAAAUAACGCUACUGCCGUUUACACCAGACAGGGAGGAAAGCUGAAAUUCUCCAGAAAUUAGGGGGAUCGCAGUUAGUGUCUGUGACGCUCAUGCAGGCCCUUGAGAGGUUCCGAAAGAACAACUAUGCGGUUGAGGUACGCCUGAAUGACUACCUAGACAUCGUGUGCCCUCACUACCCACUGGGCGAAGUGCCAUCACAGGACGCCGAGCGCUACGUGCUCUACAUGGUGGAACGUGAAGACUAUGACACUUGCCGCCCACAAUCUUACGACCAGAUGCGCUGGGAAUGCGGCCACCCUUUCGCCCCGCACGCACCCGAAAAGUUCUCCGAGAAGUUCCAGCGCUUCACUCCAUUCACUCUGGGAAAAGAGUUCCGACAGGGCGAGAGCUACUACUACAUCUCCAAACCACUGCACCACCACGGAGAGGAGUGUCUGAGACUCAGAGUAGACGUAGUUGCCAAUGAUGGCUCUCAAGAAGCCAGGGUUGGCACAGGAAGUGGAACUAAAGUGGUCACAGGGGGUGCUCACACACCCUCUAAUCGGUUACCAGCAGAUGAUCCUGUUGUGGCUCUUCCUGAAGUACAGAAAAGCACAAGGACAAACUCCGCCAUUUCAGGAGCAUCCUGGACUGUUCUCACAACCUUACUCCCACUUUUAUUAUUGUUGGUCUUACAGUGAGAUGGACACUGGACUAAAUUACACUUACAAAAGACUAUAUUGACGGCGGCCUGUGUUGAUGGAAGCACACAGAGGUAGCUCUUUACAUCCCAGUGCUGGCCAUUGGGAGAAGCGUACAGGAAGCGGAGCUCUUUCACACUGCUGGUGGCGGUGGAGAAGCGUAACUGGAAUGAAGAGGACUUUGAAAUUUCGGACACUUCUAAAGAAA